UAUAAUAUCUCGUCCAUGGAAAAAAAAGCCGAUAGCGAUAAUAAGUGUUAAUUUCUAGAACGUGUCGAAGUGCGGGGUAAGUUGUGAAUCCGAGAUUGAAAACGUUUGAGAUUUAUUUAUGAACUUCAGUAUUUGACAUGACACGGCUUGACAUUUGCUAUCAAGAAUUUGAAAAGGGCAAAUGGAACAGAUUUUAUACCUACGCUCCUCAUCCCCUUUGGCGAGUCUGGGUAUUAUAAACAAAUUAGCCAUAGAUGAGGGAAUCCACGACAUAGAAGAUAAUGCUGAUACAGUUACAAAUCCCCAAAAUGGUCCGGUUGCUGCGGACCAUAUAGUAAACAAACAAGUGCAAGUAAAUAACAUAGAACUUGGGCAGUUUCCAUACACUGAUGAAUAUUUGAGGAAAUUUAGUGACGCUGAGCUGUCUAUUUUGGUAUCGAAAGUACUUACCGAAAUAGGGAUAACAGAAGAACUGGUAGAAGCAAGAAGGAACACAUGGCUGGAAAUAGAAAGCAUGACUACUGUCCAUUGGCGCGUGCAGGAUGAAAAUCUGACAUGGUACCAUUUCGGCAGUCAGACUGAAGGAACGACCACUUUUGGAUUAGAUUCAGAUGUAGACAUGUUGGUAUCCCAGAAUGACAACAGGAUCAUUCUGGACAUUCAUGAAUGGAAGCAAGGUUUUGAUAAUCUAUUGGUACAUAAACAGGAAAACACUUCUCCGGGAUACUGCAAACUGUUACCCAUGAGCAGUGAAGAACCCAUUCUAAUGACCGAUGUUGAUGACGAUGAAAUGCACGAGCUAGGUAAAGAUGGUCAAGUGUAUCUAAAAUGCGAAUUCUUACAAGAUCGUGUUGAUACAACAGAAGAAAUCCAUGGUCCGGCCUGGAAUCGAUUUAAUUCUAAAAGAGGAAUUGAUGAGGACUUUGUAAAUGCAUAUUAUUGUUCCCACCUUCCAAAAGAGGCAAUGGCUUGGAUAGACAGAACAAAAGAUAAACCGUGGCCAAAAGAUCCUGUACGGAAACGGGUUAUUGAAAGCGGUUGCUUUAUAGCUGCAGUCGGACAUAAACAGAGCACAGAUUUAAGGACGGAGUUCAGGAUGUCUACAACAUUAGGAGAACGGAUACUUAUGUUUGACAUGAACAUUUCACAAAUACAAUGUUUGGUUCUAAUGAAAAUGCUCAUGAAGACCAUUGUAAGCAAACAUUAUAAAGACGCCAUAAAGAGUUUCUACUGUAAAACAGCCUUGUUUUUUGUAACAGAGCAAUGCGGUAAAGACAUGUUUAGAGAAGACAGUAUAUUAGAAUGUCUACGCAAAUGUUUACAGUGGAUCUACAAAUGUCUCAAAAAUGGAUACAAUCCCCACUAUAUGAUUAACAGUCUUGAUAUGUUUGAAGGUAGAUUAGAUGCAACCCUUAGAGAAAAGGUUGGAGAGGUUAUCAAGGAUAUUAUUGAUAAUCCCGGUUUAGCCAUACUUAAUGUGCAGUUUGAUGAGCUUGGGAAAAAACUUUACAAUCGAAUUAAAGACUCCGAAAAUUAUAUAUCGGAACCAAAAGAACUUAUCCGUUCAAAAAUAGGGAACUUUCUGUCUAGAACUUAUGUUUUGUGGGGUCUUUGGGACGUGUAUUUACACGACGAUCCUUGGAAUUUUGAUCGAGUACAUGAAAUUAAGUUAAACAAGGAAAAGCUGUCGCGUUGUGAAAUAUUAUACAAACAAGGGGAUAUUUUCAUGCAAACGGCAACAAAACGAUAUAGGUAUUUGGUGCAAGCUAACUUAGGCAUGUUAAUGGCAGCUGAAUCAAUUAAGAACGAUCGCAAACUGUCUGAUUUUGUUUUGCAAGCCCUCAAAGAAGGUACAUUUGCUGACGCAGUUUCUGGUAGGUUGAAGUACGCCACCGUUCUUGUUUCUUUGAAUGACAUAACCGGAGCAUGUGGAAUUUUGAAAGAGGUGGAAAAAGCAUACAGCGACCUUGCAUUGGAAUCAAUGUGCACCUGUACAGGAGAUGUGGAAUAUGUACCGAAAACUGGGUUUGGAGACGAGGCAUGGGUAUUAAUAAAUACCGGUUCUUUGCACGCACAUAUUUGCAAAUGCUUACUUUUUGUUGAAACUCUAAAACCAUCUUUUCCUUGUGGAUGGCUUGAUGCAGUAUUCCGACCAAUUGAUCAACGGUCAGAUAUGGAUGACCAAAUGGAAUAUGUUAGCUUGGAUCCAAAGCCAUAUUACCAUUUUGUGGAAAUGAUGUUACAUAAGGAAUUAAACAAUCAAUCAAAAGCACUGACUGCAUUACAGAAGCUCGAGAAAUGUGUUUCAGAGGAACAAUUAUUUCACAAGGAUACAGCCAUGGUCCUACUUAGUCAUGCAUUAGAAAUGAACGAACAAUUAGAACAGGCUAAGAUUAUUUAUGAUGACGCUUGUUUCAUAAGGAAACGCAAUAUAGGAUAUAGGAGCUCUCAUGUUAGAUUUAAUGUAUUAAAGCAGUUGUAGAGAAAUGGAUUGUAUUCCUUACGAAAUAUGUCUAUAUAUCCGUAGUUAUUUCAAGACACAAUCCUUUUAAGAAGAUAAUUAUAUCGGGGAAACGUACAACGACUCAAAAAUUACAAUCAUUGGCGUCGUGUUUCAAAACGUUCUAAAGAAUAAUUGAAAAUUUUCUGAUUUAUUUUUGUUAUUAGUGAUUUGACUAAGCGAAUCACACAGCUUAUCACAGCAAUGGGUUGAUGCUAACACCAAAUAAAAAAACAGCAGAUGAUAUGUGUGAAAACUCUUCGACUGUAUAAGCUAUUAUAUGUCAUAAAUGUUAUGUUAUGUCAUUUUAGACAGUAUUGGAGCCUCCAUCGCCGAGUUAUUAGAUCCCAGAACUCUUAAUGACUUGAUAAAUAAUUGUGUGGGUACGGUCCACAGCGGAGACAAGUACCUUUAUAUCAGGAAUCUAACCAGCUAGUUAACGAAUUGCCGUGGUUCUACUCAUGGUUUUAACUCUAACAAUAGGAAAAUAUAAAAUAGAUUUUGAGGUUAUUAAACAUUUAUGAUUAAGACAAGAAUAUGUAAACUAAUAUAAUCUGUGAUAACUUUUUUGUAUACUUUAUAUGUAAAUCAAUCGCAAAACGAUUAUAAUAAAUGUAAAUAAAUCAA